CAGAACACACAGCUUUCCCCUUCCUGUAUCCUACCCUUUCAUUGCCAUCUGAACCCAAGAACACCGACAGCAUCCUGUCCUGCUAGUGUUAUUUAUAUUAAAACACCAAGCUGCACAACAAUCAGCAUUUUUUGUUGUUAGGGAUUUAAACAAAGCGACGCCUGCUUCCAGAUGUGGGGGGAUUAGAUCCCUCGCUCAGGUCCAACCUGACGCGUUUAUGGAUUUGUAUAUACAUCAUUCUACAGCAUUUUUUUCAGGUGGACAGCUCGAGUCUGUGUAGCCGCUUCUCCUUUUGCGACAAAAUGUCCAUUUCAGCUGCUGGUGCUGGUGCCGCCGUAAUGAAAAAGAAACAAGUCCGUUUUGCUGCGACGGAAGAGGUCGAUGAAGACGAGGAGCAGGAAGAAGACACGCUGUUUGAUAUGAGGAAAGAAAGCAAGCGGAGCCUGAAGGGAUUUCUCAAAGAAGUCAGAAGGGCCGACCAUCCCGACUCAGACCAAGUGGUAAUCAUCCGAAGGAACAGAUCCAGCCGUGCUGCUGCCGGGUCAAGUCGAUGGUCGACAUCACUCACUUUGUGUGCUUCGUUUCUGGGGCUGGGGAUGAGCAUUGCUGUGCUGGGCCCCACAUUUGAAGACCUGGCAGUCAACGUCAAGCAGAACAUCAGCAACAUUUCCUACAUCUUUGUGGGCCGAUCCAUGGGGUACAUCGGGGGCUCUGUGGUGGGGGGGAUUGUCUUCGACUGCAUGAACCAACAUCUCCUGCUGGGAUUCUUACUGCUGAUCACAGCUUUAGGAUUGUUUGCCAUUCCCUUUUGCAAAACAGCCCUCCUGCUGACAGGCUUCAUGUCCCUCAUCGGGGUGUCAAUGGGGUUUCUAGAUACAGGUGGCAACGUCCUCACUCUUAACACAUGGGGCGACAAGGCAGGACCGCACAUGCAGGCCUUGCACUUCAGCUUUGCAGUGGGUGCCUUUGUGUCACCAAUCCUUGCCAGGCUCAUUCCUGGGAAAUUGCCCUUCCUUGGUGCCCACGUUGCAUCAGGCAAAAACGUCAGCGUGGAAGACAGGGGUGUAUCGAAUACGGAUAUAUACACCCAUGUGAGCAACCAAUUCUCUCAAGCCCUGAACAUCACCCAUGAAAAGAGCACCUCCAUGAAGUCCAUGUGGUCCUACAUUGUAAUCGGCUCCUUCCUGCUACUGACCUCGCUCAUGUUCUUCAUCCUCUACGCCCGGAGCAGUGCCCCCCAUGCAAGAGCCAAGACCUCUGAGGAAACACAGCUGGUGGCUAGGCAUCACAACGUCCUCAUCCUGCUGCUCUUCUGCUUCUUCUUCUUCUACGUGGGAGCUGAGGUAGCUUACGGCUCUUUCAUAUUUACCUACGCCAAGGACUUUGUGGGGAUGGAUGAGAACCAGGCUGCUGGCCUCAACACCCUGUUCUGGGGCAGCUUUGCAGCUGUCCGCGGCCUGGCUAUCAUUUUUGCAACAUGCCUUCAGCCUGGCACCAUGAUCCUGUUAGAUCUGGUGGGUUGCACGGUCUCCUCUCUUUUCCUCACCCUCUACUGCCGAAGCAGUAUUUCCCUGUGGGCUGGCACAGCUGUCUAUGGGGCUUCCAUGGCUACCACCUUCCCCAGCGGGAUCUCCUGGCUGGAGCAGUACACCAAGAUAACUGGAUGUUCAGCAGCAGUCUUUGUGGUGGGUGCAGCCCUAGGAGAGAUGGUGAUCCCGUCCGUUGUGGGUUUCCUGCUGGGGAAGACGCAGGACAACCCAGUGCUGAUGUACACUGCGCUGGGCACCUCCACCGUAUCCGCCAUCCUCUUCCCAGUUAUGUACAAGUUGGCGUCCAGCCAUGGCUCAGACGGCGGGAAGCUGAGUGAAGGAAGCUGCUCUGGGGAAGACAGCGAGGACCACAAGGCCUUGUUGUCGUCCGAUUCCUGCCUCAAUGGGGAAGAGGAAGAUGAGGCUGAGCAGUGGAACGAUGCCGAUUUUGAAGUGAUCGAGAUGAAUGACAGCAGUCUUAUGAACUCUCCAAACGAGACUGGCCCUCCUCCUCCUGACUCUGUAGUUGCUGCCAAAACCAUCGUUGCUGCUGUCGUCACAGAUCUCUCCUCAGAAGCCACAGAGAACAGCACCCCCUCUCACUCUCCAGUCUUUCUCAGGGGCUCAUCUAGAAAAAAGCUGUUGCUUAGCCUCGCCAGACAGAAGAAUGACUCUGAGUGUCUGUAGUUUGAUCUAUGAAUACAAGCCCCUUUUACUGAGCUGGGGGGAAAACAAGUGUUUGUGUGCUGUUGACUUGUUUAGGAACAUGUCUACCUUACUGAACAGCAGGGUAUGCUGCCCUGUGUAUGGCUCAAACUCACUCUUCUCAUCUUGCAUGCGCUGCACAUUUAGAAAACCCAUGUAAUGUGUGGUGGAUAAAACGCUUCCUUUUUAGUAUGUUUUUGCCACGUGAACCGUGUGGUUAAUGCCACUUGCAGGGUCCAACUGAUUGAAAAAAAAAAUACAUGCAAGCAAAACAGAAGAUAGACAAUUCAAUUCAAAAUAUUUAAAUUGUUAUUAAUAAGUAACACCAUGACUUUGCCUUUUUUUUUUGUAAGUGUAAACAGCCCUGGGCUGAAGUGUGGCUACGAUUGUAAGCAGGAGUGAAAUUCUCAACAUCAAAGUGUAGGUACUCAUAUGCGCAGCUGGGUGGAGCAGACCAGCGGUUCAGGUUUUUUUCAUACACAUAAACAUUUAAAAAGAAUUAAAACAAUUUGAGUGACAAUUAAUACAUACGUAUCAAAUGUAUACAUUUUUUAAUACAAAAUUGACAAUAUAACCAAUUCACCAUAAACAAAGAAGCUGAAAAUACUGAAAAUUUUGCACCCUCUGCUUGUAUCACUCAGUCAUGUACCAUAAUAUAACAGUUAAGUUAAACCUUAAAUAAGUAUUAAGAAGUAUUACACUAUGCAGUAACUGCUGUAGACAGGGAGUGUUUCAAGAUAUCCUACAAAAAGGCUGAUGUUAUAAGAAAAAUUGUUAAAAAAACAACUGUGAUAAAAAUGAUACAAAGGUCCAAUUCAAACAAUGCACAAUAGUGGCUGAAAUACCCCUCUAAUAUUUAAUGUAACAGGCACUACUCUUUAAAACAUUAUGUACUUGACUUGGCCAUUUUAAGCUCCAUAGUAUUCUCUGAAAUCAUCCCCAUACUUUCCAGACCCUGAGUACUCACCUACAUCAGGACCUGGCCAUGCUUGCACUAGAACAUCUAUCCCUGUAUUUUAUUUUUUUAUUUUUUUUUUACUUAUUACUUCAAAUAAUAAACUGGAGACAAAAAUCCAGUGUUUUGCUAGAUUUUUUUGUUUUUAAUUAUUAUUUCUGGGACAACAGGUCAAACUUAAGUUCAUCAAUCAUAUAAAUGAAUAGAAAUUAAUACCUAAGCCAAAGUACAUUACUAACGUAUUUAAGUUAAAUAAAACAAAAACUACUUUCACUUUCUUGUUCCAGUCACUUUCUGCCCAAUUCCCAGAUAAAUCUAACAAAAGUAUAACGAUUUACAAUGCUGUUAUAUCAUAAAAUGAUAUGCAAAACUGUAAUAUCCAGGAAUAAUAAGGUUGCAAGGCUUUACUUUGCCCCACUGAAUUAACUAUAAAACAGUAGUUACAGUUAUCAUUCUUUUGUGUAUUUCAGGCAGAAACAGUUGUUGUUUCUGCACAAUAAACAAAUUGUCAUAAAGUAAUAGAAUUAUUGUGGUUUACUUAUGCCUUUUAUUAGAUCUACAAGCAAGUGAAAAUGUAACUUAAAACAAACUAUUUAAAAAAUAAAUGUAGAACAGGGGGCAUUGUACAAAGAAAAAAAUAAACCUCCCCAUUUUGGUUUUCGUUUA